UCAGAAUGCUGUCAGUCAGCCGGAGGUUCGCGGCGGUGGCGGACGUGUCACGGGUGUGUUUCCCUGCCGCGUUGGAGAACGCACGUGACUUUCGCGAGGGACGGAAAAGAAUUUUUCGCGUACGCCGUGCUUCACGAACGACAUUACGACGAUGUAUAACGCCGGGAUUAUGUACUACGGCGUUUUGUUGCUGCUCGUAACAGCAACCAGUACGGAUUCGACAAAAUGCUCCCGGAUCAUAGAAGGCACUACCGGGCCGCGUUCCAAUGCCGAGGGCAAAUAUCACUUCUUCAUGACGCUUUUCAACAGGACCGAGACCUCCUAUAUGCCGAACACGCGAUACAUUGUGAUCCUGCUAACAGACAGUACCGAUCAACUGCAUCGGAAGUUCACGAGAUUCCUCAUAUCUGCCGAGGCCAAAAACGCGAACGAGACGACCGAUGUCGGUCUAUUCGAUCUUCAGGACGAUACGAUGACUAAAUUCGCGGAAAAUUGCGUGAACGCCGUCGUGGAGACAUCAAUGAUACAGAAGGAAAAUGUGUCCGUCGUUUGGACCAGUCCUGCGGAAGGCAGCGGUUGCAUCUUUCUCAGAGCGACAGUGAUGGAAACGCAAGACGUAUGGUACAUGGAUGACUCCAAUUUGUUUCUAGAAGUAUGUCGAAACACGAAAGCGGAAGCCGAUAAACAGGAGCCGGUUCUUGGAGAAUGCCGUGCUUGCGACGAAGCAAAAUUUGAAGUGACAUUCGAAGGCCUGUGGUCGAGAAACACACAUCCGAAAGAUUUCCCCAGUAAGGGCUGGCUGAUCCGAUUUUCAGAUGUGAUUGGCGCUAGCCAUACUAACGAUUACAGAUUCUGGAAUUACAGCGACAUGGCUAGUGAAGGAUUACGACAAGUGGCUGAGAUCGGUUCGACGAGAAUAUUGGAAUCCGAAUUAAAAAAUCGAAGUCAAGAGAUUAGGACUAUAAUAAAGGCGAGAGGAAUUAGUUAUCCAAAUGUGACGACUGGCAAAACUUUUGCCGUUUUUCGUGUAGAUAAAAAGCAUCAUCUUGUGUCCUUGGUGUCUAUGAUUGAUCCUUCACCAGAUUGGUUCGUAGGCGUUUCAGGAUUAGAACUGUGUUUAUCAAAUAGAAGUUGGGUAGAACACAAGGAAAUAAAUCUCUACCCUUACGAUGCUGGCACCGACGACGGAAUUACAUACGUGUCAUCCGAUUCGCAAACGGAGCCGCAGGAGCCAAUUCGACGUAUCACGUCAUCAUACCCGAACGAUUCAAGAUCACCGUUUUACGAUCCGUCUGGUAUGGACAUGAAACCCUUCGCGAGACUCUACUUCAACAGGCAGAGAUUGUACGAGAAGAUCUGCGAUAACGAUGACGAAGCGCUGAAUAGUACAGAAGCUUGUAAAGUAUCGCCCUGGUCUGAAUGGAAGUCAUGUUCAGUCACCUGCGGUAGAGGCACUCAGCUGAGACAACGUGAAUUUCUCAACGAAGAUGCGGCGAACGCGAAUAAAUGCAACACGCCUCUUACGGGUCGAAGAAUCUGUUACGGUACAGCACAAAGCCACUGCGUUAAUAAUGGACGUCACAGCGCACUAUUGGACAGCGAAAUGUGUAAAUUAACUCAGUGGAGCUCGUGGAGUCCGUGUUCGAAGAACUGCGGUGAGGGCAGCAUGACUCGCUCCAGGAACUUUCAGCAAAAGAAGUAUCGAAAGCAGUGUAGAUCCGUGCCGAACGGGCUAGAGCUCCAGCAGACGUUGCCCUGCAAGAACCAGCCACCCUGCGAGGGCGAAGACGAGGAAGAGGUAAGGCGAUUUAAUCGACAAUUGAACAACGAUGACUAUGACAAGGACGAUGACAAGGACGAGAAUGAGAACGAGGACGAGAACAAGAACGAGGAUGAAGACAAGGAUUAUAUUGAAUGGGCGAACGGGAUUGGAAAGGAAUUGCUGCAGACGUGUCCUAAUGAUCGCUACACAGGCUGGUCCCUGUGGACGCCGUGCAGUGCCAGCUGCGGAUCUGGCAUCAAAAUGAGAUCUAGACAAUUAAUGUACAAGGACGACUUGGAUAAGGAAGACGAGAAGUGCAAACACGAGUCGGUGCCAUGCAUAGCCGAAAUUAAGAGUUGCAAUUUUACGAGGCAAGAAAUAGAAGAGAUUUGUAGCGAACCCCUGCAGAAAGGAAAUUGUAAGGACGACCAAUUACGAACCUAUUUCGACAAACAGACUGGCAAAUGUCGUUACUUUCACUACACCGGAUGCGGCGGUAAUCGAAACAAGUUCCCGAACGAGCAGGAUUGUUACAAAGUCUGCGGUAUUCUUCAAAGAGAAUUGAGGGCAAAUCUGUCGGCAAGCACGAAAAACUUCAAGGUGUCCCUUAGCAGCGUUCUCAGCUAUCAUAUUCCCGUUCAGCAGCAACGCAGCGCGAAAGCGAAGAGAGCGCAACAUGACAGGGAGAAUUUUAAUGGCAUUCAAGCGAGCAGUCAGAUAAUGGAAUCGAGUGAAAAUGGCAAAGUGGACUGUCAGGUCUCCGAAUGGAGUAAAUGGUCCCGUUGUGAGAGCUGUCGUGGGUACACUACGAGCACCAGGCAAAUUAUGCUUCCAGCUAAGAAUGGAGGUAAAAGCUGUCCAAGAAAGUUUCUCCGAAGAAAGAAAUGCCGCAAGCUUCCGCCGUGUUCUCUACAGGGUGAUGGAACAGGUCGGCGGUUUCAUCGAGAUAAAAAUACCGGAAACGAGCACGAGAUUUCAGUGGAUUGCGAAGUGACACCGUGGUCAGCAUGGUCGAAGUGCAGUGCAACUUGCGGCGAGAGGUUGCGAAGCAGGGUCAGAAGUAUAAUGGUGAAGCCGAGAGGAGUUUGGGCCAAACUUUGUCCGACCUUAGUGGAAUUCAAGGAAUGCCACAGGGUGGACUGUCCGCAAUAAACGGGCACAGCGUUUUCAAUUCUGUCGUCAUUUAAUCGAUAAACGAUUUGCAUGGCGAUGCGUUCUGUUUCGAACGUUGGAAUUUAUAUAACUAGACUGAUUAAGCGACUCUUCCUCUUAGAUACGUCAGGCGAUUGAAAUCUUUGAAGCACGUUUAGAAGGAGUAGAGGUAGCAAAGCUAUCGAGAAAUAAGAAUAACAUUGGAUGACAGCAAUUUUAUCAAACGUUCACGCUUUUAACGUGAACGGAUGCUUGCCGUUUUAAUAGUGAAAAUAGAAUUAACGUGAUAAAAAUCAGGAAGAUGAAACGAAGUAAUUCAUUUGAUAACAAAAAUAUUUUAGAAUUUGAAAUAACAAAUAUAUUUUACAACGUAAUUAUCUCGUUUGAGUUCAUAAAUCGUACAUCAAAAUUCAUUUUUUCAGAAAUCGCGAUUUUAAAUUUUUGGAUUUUGAUUAUUAAAAUCAAUAAGAAUAAAUAUCUUUUUAAAGUAACAGAAAAGAAAUUAUUUGAAUGGGAUUAUAAAAUAAAAAAAAAUCUAUUAUUCUCUAUCUUGUGAUAUAUACACAAUUUGAACCAACUUAUCGUAAUACUUAAUCAUAAUACUUAAGACGCAUUGCAUAACGCUGAUUAUCUUCUGUAGAGAAUAGAAGUUUAUCUAAAUAGUAUGUUCUUCUAAAACAGCUAGCGAAGGAAAAGAUUUUGGGAAUUGUUUUUUUCUUAUAUUCAUAUCUAAUUUUCUGUCCUCCAGUGUAAUUUAUUACGCACAGGAAAAUCGUAUCAUUUUGCAACGUAUGUCGUGCUGAUGCUGAAUUACUUAGAAAGUAGGAAAUUUCAUAUGACUUUAUUUAUCUUAAAUCUAUAAUACGUGACAUUUUCUCAACAUGAUAUUAAGUUAAGGCAAAAUGGAUUUGCAUUCCAAUGCGUCAAUUGUGCUUAGAAAAGAGAGAACGUUAGAGUUUUUGGAAUUGUCACCUGUAAUACAAUAACGUCAAAUAGUCGUAUAGUUUAUCACGGAAGGUGAAGACAAAUCAUUUGAUAUCUGUCUAAUGAUAGCAAAA